AAAUAGUGACCCCGUUAAAAUUUCAACCUUAAGGAACCGACACAACCGUCCAAGAGUAAACAAAAGGAUUUACCGAGCUUAAACAACUAUAUAAGAUUCCAAAAUGAAUACUCUGGGAAAAGUAUGGAUUUUCAUCACCCUGUAUGCUUUUGCUGCUGGUGAAGUAGACUUUAUUGAUACGGAUGGUGUCAGUGAUCCAGAAGCAGCCUUGAAGUGUGAUGCCUGUAAGGCUGUGACAUAUAAGUUUGCAGAGAGUUUUUCUAAAGCACAAGGUGACUUGAGCAGGAUGAUAGCUCUUAAGGAUGAAGAGAUUAUUGAGGCCGCAGAAGGAACAUGUGAUGAUCUGUGGCAAGGAUAUGGGAGCAUUAAAGUGAAUGAUGAAGAGCGACUGGCAGGUCCUGGUACAAAUUAUGAUGUUCAUCAAGAUGAGGCAGAGGAGGAUGAGGGCCUUUGGUCAAGAAGACUCCAGGAUUUGUGUGAUGAGUUGCUAGCUGAAGUUUCAGAAGAAAAAGUGCUAUAUAAUCUCUGGGCAAGUGGUAAUUCUCUUGAAGAUUAUUUGUGCAGAGGUGAAGGAUUGUUUGGAGCUUGUUCAUCAGAUUUCUGGGGAUCCUGGCCAGGUGAAGACUACGAAGACUACGAUGAUGGUGAUGACUUUGAAUACACACAUGAUGAGUUUUGAUCUUCUUAAUUUUUUGUUUGAAUUAGCAAUAGGGAGACUGAACUGUAUUUAGGCAUUUCAUAUGUAGAAUUUUUAUAGUAGCAAAUCAUAAACUAUUUUCUGAGUGAGUUCUAUGAUAGGUAUCAUCAUAGUGAUUUUCUGGUCAUGAUAUAUAGUGUAUUUGCCCAUUCUUUAAUUUUGAGAUUAAACCCUGUGUGUCACAGGAUUUCAAUGGACCAAAAGGAAAUCUUUUCUUUCUUCUUUAUGUUUCUCAUUACAAGAAACAAGAAAACUAGGUUGUAGUCUUCUCAUUUAUAGUUUUCAUUGACAUGUUAUGGCAGGAAGACCUUUAAAAAAUUUAACAGCUUGCAGAAUAUUCUGUUUAUUUCUACAGAAUUUGUAAUGAAGUAACACAGAUAGAUUAGGAGCCUAUUUGGGUCUCAAUAGCUAUACAAAGAUGCUAAUUGAAUAUUUUUUGCAACAUGUUUGAGGUUGCUCAACUCAAAAUAUUUUUUAUAUUUUAGGCGAGAAGUAGGAUAUAUUUCAGUGAACAUUAUCAGCAGCAGAGUACAUGUAUAGUUCUUGAUCUAUAUGAGUAUUUUUUAAUUAUAUUUUUCAGUUCAUGAAUAAGUCAAUAAGGAUCAUGUUUAGGACUUUGUCCCUUAAAAAUAUUGAUUACUCUGUGUUCACUGAUAGUUAUGACUGUACCUCUAGGACAAAUAGAAAAUUUAUAAUAUAUGAGUUAUAUUUGGAAAUAUAAAGGGUUCUAGAUGUGGUCAUUUUAGGCAUUAUUUUUUAUUUAUACAAUUUUUAUGUCGUAGCUGUGCUUCCUGCUGUAGAUUGAACCUGCACUUCAAGUUUGUCAGUUUCAUUACCAGUCAUAGUCAUAAAUAUGUUUAACCCAAUUGCUCCGUAUGGCAAGAAUAAAUGUCAUGCCCACUGUAAUUCAAGUUUUAUUUAUUGUAUUUACACAUAGAUGACUCUACAAGUGCUGAGUCACCAAGGAGUCGGUUAUUAGUCCUAUCUAUCUCACCUGUUUACCCUUUUUC